GUCAGAAGCGGUCAUGUGAUCUCCUUCUGUUGACAUUUUGUGUCUUCUGCUUCGCUCGAUCAGUCGCUAGCUGCCGGCGUUGCGUUUGCCACGAUUAUGGUCAACUUUUGGAUUACCCAAGAAUAGGUGUGUUAUCGUAGAUUCCAGUGAUUCAGUUGAAUGUAGUGUCCACAUCCAAAAUUGGCAACUGUGUGGUACUACAACUGCAAAGCCAUGAAGGUCUGGAUAUUACCCCUCCUACUUGUUCUGUCUGCCUGUCUCUUGACAGCAGUCAAUGGAGCACAGAUACAUAAUUGUAUGCCACCAGCCAUUACCACGCAGGCUAGAAUGACUGUGUAUUUUCAUGACAGUACUAAAGUGGAUCUCCCUUGCAUAGCUCAAGGAAAACAGACACUAGUCUAUUCCUGGCUAAAGGAUGGCGAAGUUCUUGACCUUAACUCGGAAGAAAAUAAGGCUCGGAUAUCUGUUACUCCUGGACAGGGAAGCAUAUCCAUUCCUCAGGCUACUGAUGCUGAUGCUGGGGUCUAUCAGUGCAGGGUCCAGAAUCAAUGUGGUGUGUCAUUAUCCAUUAAAACAAACCUGUUGAGGGUUUUUAUUGAACCCUUUCCCCCAGUGACUGAACCAGAGAUCAAGAAGGUCAGUCUGGGUCAGAGCUUGAAGUUGAGCUGUAACCCUCCAAACAGCGUUCCAAAAGCUACCACCUGGUGGAUUUUAAAUCCGUCAGAUGAUGAGUAUAAUGGUAAUGACAAUGUUGACAAGGAGGAAGACAUGUUCAACAAAGUUGAAGAAAAUGACCGUAUCACAUCAGACUACAAUGGAAACCUGUAUUUUAUCUAUGUUAUGGAGGAUGAUGAACAGAAGGGAAAUCGUUACACAUGCACGGCCUACAACAGUGAACUGCGGUCAUUAAAUCAAGGAGAAGAUAAAGUUAUCAAACCCUAUGGAAGCAGUAUGAACAAUAUGCCGGUGAGCAUGAUGUGGCAUUCACCUACAGAGGUAGUGGCCUUGGAAGGAGAGAAAGCAAGAUUCAAAUGCAUCAUUGCUGGAUUCCCACCUCCAACAGUUAGCUGGAGACGUGUUGGUCAUGGAUCAAUGGAUGAUGUACGCAUGUCUGAGACCUCUCACAAACAUGAGUUCACCAUUAAGAAUGUUCAACCUGAAGAUGCUGGAGUGUAUGAGUGUUCAGGCCGUAAUUGUCGUGGAAAGCCUGUGAAACAGAAUUUUACCCUCAUUGUUAAAUCCUCACCAAAGUGGACACAAAUGCCUAAAGAUAUGGAGGUGGGUGUGGAGGAUAAUGUCACCAUCGUCUGCGAUGCUGAAGGAGAUCCUCAACCUCACAUCCAGUGGUAUAUUAAUGGCAUCCCCAUUAAUGAGAGUACACCAGCAGCGAGCAACAGGCAAGUGCGGAGAAAUGUAUUGAUGUUUUACAAUGUUACACAGGAUGACUCACAAGUGAUUCAGUGUAAUGUGUCCAAUGUCUAUGGCUACCGAUGGGCAGAUGUUUUCAUGCAAGUUGUUGCUGUUGAACCUGCUAUUACCAAAGAGCCUACCCAGCAGAAAGUGGCAAAAGAAAGGAAUGUCACAAUUCCUUGUCAGGUGACAGGCAAGCCCAAGCCUAGUGUGGUCUGGUACAAAGGCUCUCAGCUUUUGUCUGGAAACCGUUACAAGAUCAUGGACAAUGGUGAUUUGCAUGUAGCUAUGGUAGAGGAGGGUGACUCUGGUCAAUAUACAUGCCUAGCAAUGAAUCGCUUUGGACAAGCCAGAGCUGAAGGCUCGCUACUUGUCAGAGGUAAAACAACCAUUGUGAGCAAGCCAGUGGAUGAUCAAGUAAGCUAUGGCGAGGAAGCCCAUUUCCGAUGUGUUGCCAAGACAGACCCUCAUGAGACAAAUAAUCUCAGAUAUUAUUGGCUUAAAAAUGGGGAGCGACUUAACACCUCUGAUCCUAGGAUCAGGAUUGAAGCUGAGGACCUUUACAUUACUAAGACCACCAGCAAAGAUACUGGCACUUACACUUGUGUUGCUGACAACCAGCUUGACAGCGACAAUGUUACUGCUGUUCUGGAAGUGAAAGCACCUCCCGAUCCUCCUUACAAUGUCUCAGUGGUUGUUUGCUCCGGGUCUAAUGCUGAUCUGGCAUGGGAGUUUGCAGACUCUUCUUCCAACUUCUCUCCCCUGCAGAGUUUCAUUGUGGAGUACAACAACUCAAAUGAUCCAGAUAACUGGGUUGUUUCUUCAAGUCCAUCUGCAGCUGAUAGGCAAGCAAGGGUGCAAUUGACACCUUGGGCAUCCUACACGUUCCGCGUUCGUGCUGUGAAUGGUAUUGGCAUCAGUGAUCCGAGCAAACCAACGCAGACUCUUUGUCAGACUCCAGAAGCUCGACCAGCAAGACAUCCUGCUGGUGUGCGAACUGUUGGAGACAAGACUGGUUAUUUGGUCAUCGAGUGGGAACCCAUGCCGAAGAUUGAGCACAAUGGACAAGAUUUCCAGUACAUAAUCACCUGGCAAGCAGAAGGGGAAGAAGAAGUGAAAACAUACAUUGAGACAAAUCCUGAGGUUAAUAGAUAUGAAGUCAAAGUAGAUGGAGUCUACAAACCUUACACUGUGACUGUCUCAGCAAAAAAUGCAAAAGGUGAACCGCAUUUAAAGGCCAAGCCAGUGAGAGGAUUUUCUGGUGAAGCUGAACCCCGAGUGGUGCCUCAGAACUUUGAGCUAGAUCCAGAUGUACCUGUGACUGCAACCAGUGCUGGAUUUCGCUGGGAUCCUGUAGAUACAAGCCCUAAGUCUAUCAGAGGAGCAUUCCAGGGCUAUAAGAUUCGCUACUGGAAAAAAGAUAGAAAAGAAGACACGCUGCAUGAGGAACUUGUUGUUGUCCCUGAUAUUCGCAGCCGAAGGGCUACAAUAGAGGACUAUUACAAUCCUGAAGAUAAAAUACGGGGCACAGUGUCUAACCUUCCGUCAUACUCUGACAUUGAAGCUGAUGUUGUUGUUGUUAACACUUACUUUAGUUCUAAUGGAAGCAACAUCAUUAAUUUUACUACACCAGAAGGAGUUCCAGAUCGAGUUGAAUACUUGGAGGCACUUUUCAGGGGAUCUUCUCACUUCUUACUUGAGUGGGGACCACCUAUUGAGAAAAAUGGAAUAAUUACUGGCUAUGGAAUUGGAUACAGACAUAUUGGUUCUUCAGUUGAUGGCUUGAUGGUGAAUGAUCUAGUUAUUGUGCGUGAUGACCUGGGGCCAGAACAAAGACGUGCCACCAUUGAAAACCUUGUGGCUAAUUCCUUGUACCGCUUGUACGUCUGGGCAAAGACUGCUAAAGGACAAGGACGGGAAUAUUUUAUUGAUGUUCGCACUACAGAUGAUAUAACAAAGUUGGCUUUCCCUGAGAUCAAAGACAUUUAUCCUGGAGAAUAUCGCGCUAACAUCACCUGGGAUUUACCUGAUGAGAAGGGAGCCCGUACAGGGUCUAAGUACUAUCUGGAGUACAGAAAGAUGGGAAAUGGAAAAUGGGAAAGAGAACAGCAUGCUGCUACAGAACACUUUUGGCUCACACUGGAAAAAUUAGAGCCAGCCACAACCUAUGAAGUGCGUGUCAUCAGUAUGCCGAACAGCAAAGCAGCUGAAAUGGACUCUUCAAACUACCAGCCUAGUGACAGAAAAGUCUUCACAACUACUGGGAUAGGUUUUGGUUUGGAAGCUCUAUCUCUUGUGAAUGGCAGCUUGGAAGAUAAAGCAAACAACAAAACAGAUGAACAUACAUCUGGAGGUGCAACAAAAGCGGCCGGCUUUCUGUCAGCAUGGUGGUUUAUUAUCAUGAUGGUUGCUAUUGCUAUCCUUAUUCUCAUUCUUAUCAUUGUCUGUAUUGUCAAGAGAAACCGUGGCAAAGAGUAUAAAUUUCCACCUGAGAAGGACACUACAGAUGAAACACCAGGACACUUCAAUGAGAUGGCAAAAAGUGACAAGAAUGGAGUGGGUGCCAGUUCAUCUUUUGAUCGAGACCCAGAAAAAGUUCCAUUAGAGGAGAGACAGAUCCUAGAAGACUAUGGUGAUGUUGACCCAACAAAAUUCAACGAAGAUGGCUCUUUCAUUGGCCAAUAUGGCUCUGGAAAGGCUGAGGGUGGGGAACCACCUAAUGCAUCUGCCAUGUCCUCCAUUGUAUAGUAAAGUCUUCAUUUCUGGGACUGCUCUGUUCAAAAAAGAAAGCAUGGCAGCCCCGUUCACACCUGUCAGCUACUUUAGCCAUGUUGUAGUCAACCAGUCAGCAUCUGGGCACAUCUCUGAGGACUGCCAGUCUAGUCAAUUCUAAUGCCAUGACAUUUGCUGCAAGGAAAUCGACUGACAUGCCAACUGUCCUAGACCCAGAGCUUGGAGCAGCUGCAAUGCUAUGGCCACACAUUUUUGAAGCCAGUGAGAAACUGACAGAACAAAUAAACAUGUCUUUGAUUAAGCCAGCAGGAUUUGUUUACUUAGCUUGCAAGCUUGGACAGUAGUUGCAAGAUUUAGGGGUGUUUUUUAAUCAGGUUUUGAGAUUGUGCUGUACGCUAGUCCAAAGAAGACAGCAAUGGGAAUAAACAUCAAACUCUGCAUCCUUGCUGAAUAUGACUGUAGGAUAAAAAUAUGGAAACACUGAGAAGAUCGAGACAGGUUAGGUAGUAAAUGAGUAGGGAAGCAUGCAUCAGUGCUGGUUUGGAUUUCAUAAACUGAUUUUCUUCUUCCCCUAUCAAGCAAGCUUGUCAGCACAAAUAGUGGUUUACAAACAUAUAAACUGCAACAUUAUUUGUGAACUUUUUGGUUUCUGCAAGAUAGUGAAAAUAUUCUGCAGUGAAGUGGGUAUAGAGAAGGGACACUACGAAGAACAAAACAGAGCUGUAUUUGCAGGUAACAGGGAAUGGUCUUUGAAAUGGUGUCUAUAUUUUUCAUGAGUGUGGAAGAGUCAUGUUGAAACAGCUUUUAAGUCUGUGAAACAGUUUGUGUGAAUCAAGUGUUACCCAAGCAAUGUUAGAUGGUCACACAUAGCCAACCUCAAAUGAUGUCUUGGUCAUCGGCUAGUCAUAAAUGGCCAGCACCACUGGUAUUAUAUUUUCAUGACAUGAUCGCUUGCCCAGCAAGCAGGAUGCUCCGUUCAUCAGGUGGCGACAACUCUCCAGUGUCAUGGAUGGUAUGCACAUCCUUUAAAACUGUGGACUGAUUUUUUUCACUGUAAUUUUCUUUGAUGAUUUUGUUUUUCAAAGUAAUUUUAUUUAAGGAAAUGAUCCCAUUUUAAUCACAUAAUUGUGUUUUUUCCUAAGGGAUUUUUCUUGAUCUGUAUUGAAAUAAUAUUUCGUUGUGGCUGAUGAUGUCAUUGGCUGUCAUUGCAGCACAAGGAGUGUGAUGCAAAUUCUGAUCUAGCUGAUAUAGUGUUUACUAUUUCCAAAAUGCUUGGAUUUCAUUUUGUAAUUGAGCCACACCAUGUCCUCUCUUUCGUGCGGAAAUUCCACUGAAAGUGAUACCAUGAAGUAAGACAAACAUCAUCUUCACAUGACAGUUUGAUUUUCACAACUUGAUAGUAACGUCAAGAUCUGACUUCUUCCCACCGUCAGCAAAACUUUUGAACUUUAGAAAAAUGUUCUCAAAUGAAUCAUGUUGUGGCACAGCUUUAUGUGAAUUUUUUUGUCAUAUAUAUUGAAAAAUAAUAAUGUGGAAUAGUUGCUUUGAUUUUGGAAAAAAGUGGUACCUUUGGAAUAUUAAUUGUUGUUUAAGGCUUCAAUUGUUGUAGUGAUACUUUGGUCAGUGGAUGUGCAGCAUCCAUGUUGUGACAAGGCCGCAUUCAGACCUGAAGGAGGACUUUUACGCUGGUAUAAAGUACACUGCCAUACCUUUUGUGUAUGUACUGCCCAUCUUUUUUCUGCAGCUUAUGUGCCAUUGUAAUCCCACUUGCUGCCAUCUUGUCAAAAGCAAAGAUGUGAAUUAUUUCACUGGUUUAAGUCCUAGUACAAUAUGUUAGUCUGUAGACUAAAAUGGACCCAUACAAGUCAAUUUAUAAUAAAAUGCUUUCCUUCUCGUUGUGUACUAGGUUUGUCCUAGAGAACUUCUUGGACCGGGAACUUUUGGAGAGGUUUUAAAAAGCAUUUACAUGGGAGAUUGUUUAAUCUUUUAUACAUAUUUAUGUUUAUUGGAGCAUCUAUAUGGUCCUUACCUGGCCCCAUCCCCAUCCAAUCUUUUGUAAAAUAAUUAUUCUGGGUUUUGGAGGGAGGGGAAGAAGAGAGAAUCCAAGCAAGUGUGUGUGAGAAUGUAUAUAAGGUAGAAAGAGAGAGAAGUUGACACGACAAAGUGAUUGUUUGAUUGCCUGCUUGAUUAGUGCUCUUUAUUAGGGAGUGAAAGAAACUGGGUUCUGCAAACUGAAUCUCAUAUGCGUAGUUUAAGUUUCAUUUUCUUUGUUGCUAUACAAUCACUGGCCGGUGUAUGAUGUUGUGGAAGUGUAUAAUCUUCUGAAAAAAAGCUAGUUAUAAUGUAUGUUGCAUGGAUCUGCACCUACCAUUUGUGUUAGAUGAAGAAGAAAGAAUGUGCUUAUGUGGUUUUAUUUUUGGCUGAUGAUAUCACAGUUGUGCCGUUGGUUGUGAUGUUUCAUGCUGUUCAACAUGAAAUCGGCUCCAUAUUUUGAUAGUUUUUGCUACCUAUCUUUUGCAUAAUUCCUUGUUCCCACUGCUAGAAUAUAAUUAGUUGUUUCACCAUAACUUGUCAUGCCCCAGAAUGUUGUGACCAGACUCAUUUAGUAGUAAUAUCUAAGUUACUUUUAUUCUCAGGAUGAGGAUUACAUCUAAACAUUACAAAUCUACACAUGACCAUUAAAAACAUCUCAAAACAGAAUAACCUUUGGUGUGUUAAAAAUUGCUGCUGUCAUUAAAAUGUAAUAAUUUGGUCUGCAUGUAUUCAGUGGUGUACAGAGUUGUACAGCAAAAAAUCCAGACUUUGUUGUUGUUAUUAUUUCACUUUGAGAAUAUAUUGGACAUUUGUUAAACAUUAAUACUUUAUAAUUUGAUUGACAGGAGUCACCCUAAAUCCAUCAGUAAUAAUGUUGUAUUUGCUGAUUUAAAGGUCAUCAAAUAACAGAAGUUUAGAUUUAAGUUUUAUUGCAUUUUUUGUUUACACUCUAGUUUUGACCAUGCAGGAAAAGUUACUAGAGUCAAUAAUGUAAUAGUUUAGCUGCAGAGUGAUGGGGAUGUCAAAAAGAGAAAAUUGUUAUUCCUGUUAAUAGUAGCUUUAUGGCAUCAGUCAGUGAAAGUGCUUUGUUCAUUCCACAGCAGAUUUUUCUUUGCUGCAUAAGAAUUAUUCAUUGAGUGCAAUAUGUCAGUCUUACCACCUCAUACCUCAUGCUUCAUGUAGUCUGUCUUGGCCUCAUUUUGGGGUCUGGUUUUGUAUGUUUUCAUUUUUUUAUAACAUUGAAGAUUCCAAAUGUUUUGAUAGAUUUUGUCAUACGUUUGUCAUUUUUCCUUUCAUCUUGAUUUGAAUCUUCAUCCUCACCAGUAAUGUCUUUCUUUGUCCUUAAACAUCUUACAUUUGUGAUAGUCAUCUUUAUCAGUUUUUCCUUGAGUGAUCGUGUAAAUCUUGUUUAAAGCCAUAUUUUUCUUCGUUGUCUUUGUUGUAAUAUUUCCACCUUUUUUUAUUCAUUAAAAAAUAAUAAAUCCUGAGGUUCACCCAUAAGCAUGUGCCAAGCAGACUCAAGGAUACAUUUUUGCAUUCUUAAACAUUGUGCACAGGUCAGAACAGCCUGGAGAAAUGGAUUUAUAUCUUGGGGCAUUGGUUUCUGAUCUGAUACAUGAGCAGGUCUUUGGCAGAGUUAAAUAUUAACUACUAACUGAAAUAUUUUAGUUUUUAAGUUAAAAGUCAGACUAGCAAUGUCCUGUACAUGCCAAAAAUUCAGUAUUAUUUUGGUUUCCCUAAAAGCAGAUCUUCAACUACUAUAUCAGUAAGUCAUAGGAAUGAUAUCUAACAACAGUUCUAAAGCAAGAUGCUAUGCAUCAUACUUAAUUAUCUCUAUGAUACAUGUAAAUAUUAAAAAUGAGUUAUUACAUCAUAAACACUUUCUUUGAAAUAAACAGAAUAAAUAAACAUGAAAAUCAUUUUAUAGCUGUAAGCUAGAACAUCUAGUUCACACAGAGUUCCUCAGUUUGUGUGAAAACAAGAUAAACCUAGUCUUUUUUUUUUUUUUCUUGUAGUCUGAGCACCAUUUUUUUCAUCAGGAUUUUUAUCCAUCAUACUGAAAUCCAUUUCUGAAUGUCCACUCCAAAGUUAAUGUAUUCUUGUGUAUUUUUUUUUUUUUUAACAUAUGAUAUUGUGAACCCACAUCCAGAUGUAAGACGCAUGAGUGAAGGAACGAUGUGUGUACUUAAAUAUUAAUGCUGGAAACAAAGAUCUGAAUGUUAUGCUGAUGUACAUUAUUAGAUGUAUGAAGCAAGUAAAUUUGAGUUUAAGGGGAAGGCAACUGAGUUUUUUGCUAUGCAUGUUACAGAUGACAUCCUUUAUACCUGGCAUGUGCUACAGAACCCUUGUAUUGUUGCUUAUUAGUACUGGUAUAAAUGUGUAAUAUCAGAUUUGUUACAUACACUACAAUGUAAAUUCUCAGCACAUGGUUUGUUAGUGCAUGAUGUUCAAUUCUCUUUUCUGUAUAUUUUUUAUCAACAUUGGAUGUCCUUCAGUCGCAUCUGUUCUACCAGUGCCUCUCUGUUCCAAUCUUUUAUUCCAGCUGGGAAAAAAAUAAUUGCCCUUUUAUGUUCCCACAGUUCUUGUAAGAAUAAAUUUAUAUUUCACUUGACUGAAGGCAAUUUGUUUGAUAUGUACAUACUGCAUUCUUCAGAAAAUAGCUGGGUAAAAUACAACAUGAGUGGGUUUCACAGUAAAGCUUCCAUCAGGGACUUAUUGAUACUUGUAAGAUCUGUUUUGUAUUGUGUUAACAAUCCUUUUGUCUUUCAGUGUCUAAUUCUACUUAUCCACUUCUUCAUGCAAACCAUUAAUAAAAUGUGUCUGUUUCCAAAGCACAUUUGUGACAUUUUCUUCUGGCCUGUAAAUAAAAUGUGCUGUUAUUGUAAUUAUAGGCAGGGUCAGAUUUGUUGGACAUGGCCACUAGAUUCUAAGUGGAAUUAGGUCAUGUCCCAUAAAUGAUAAAAGUGUACUGUUUGAGGCUUUUUGGUUUCCUGUCAAAUAUCCACAAUCUGUUAUCAUCAUUUCUACACCAAGGAUAUUCCCUUUGUUACUCAAAUGUCUGUCAGGCUUUUAUAAUGCAUUCAACAGAGAUAAUAGAAGAUCUUUUUUUUUAAAUCCUCAACUUGAUGGUAUGUAUGCUAUAAAACACCUUUUCAUCCAAGCAUGUGCUUCACUGACAAUUUUUAUUUUUGAUAUCUUUACAUUAUGAUCCUCUUCAAAUUCCAAUAUGCUUCAUCCUUUUUGAACUUUUCAUGUUCAGCAUUGCAGAAAUAGUGGAUAUUUGGGCAGUUAAAGAAGUGCUUGGAGCUGUUUUAAAGAUUAAGUCAGGUUGGGAGAGAGCUAUAUAAUUCUUUUGAACUUUUAAACAUAAUAUUGUGAACAGUGAAAAAAAAAAUUUUUAUUUUUUAACAAUGUCAUCACUGAUUUCCACGGUGAUCCGUUCAUCAGAGACACUACUCCACUCUGUGUUCAUCUCAUGUAAUAAGACAGUGCAGAGUGAAUAUGGAUUAACAAGAUUUUGUUUUCUUCCUAUUGGCUGGGAGAGGCUGCAUACCUCAAUAGGAUGUAUACUCAUCAUUCUUACAUUAGGUAAUGUCAUGGAAAUUUUUUUGAAAAAUUUUGCUAUGUUCAGAUGCCAAUGUUGGCGACUGAAUUUUAUAGUGAACUGUUCAUUUAGAAGUGAGCAAAGGGUUUCUUUGGGUUAAAAGAGAGCCUCCAUCCAAAAAAGAAUUGUGUGAUCAUUAUAUUUAGUACUAAUAUGUAAAUAAUUUUUAGCACUCCAGGAAUGUUUGGAGCCUUGAUUCUGCAGAUUUGUAUAUUUUUUAAUCUCUUGGAGGAAGAAUGUCAAUAGGCCAUCUGCAACAAGUGUUCUAGCUUUUACAGGCAUACUUUUUUCCCAGCAGCUUCUUUGAAGGAACAUGGUUGCCAUCAUCAUUUUGAGUGUCAGAGGGAAAAUGUUCAUCAUUGAUUGCCAUGUUCUCUUUACUGUGCAAUGGUGUCAUGUUAUUUUUCACAAAAUCUGCUGAAAAUCAUCUCUCAUGCUCUGAUAUUAACCAUGUGACAUGCUUAUACAAAUCAUCCGCUUUCAAUGAUUGGCUGCUACUGUAGAACAUGUACAGUGUCUUGUAAGCAGUAGUUGUUAGAUCCACCAGUGACAUGGUCAUAAUACAGUUAUGUUACUCCUCGUAAUCAUUAUUUUGUGCUCAUGGUAUCUGAACCAACACCCCAUUCCCUGCGUUACCGUAUUGUUUCCAAUUCAUGCUCACACACCAGCGAAGUGUCAGUUAUGUGCCUUCCUAAGACAAAAUACAAUGAGUAAGAAAGAAAACCUAGAAACAACAAACACAAGGUACAGGCUGAUGUUCCACAACAGAGUUGAUUGCAGACUUUUCAUGAUGUGUGAGACUUGAUGUCAGUUUCCAUAAAUUGUUUUCUUACACGCUUGCUCUAAAUACCUUUGACUGGCGGUUAUUAAGGUCAUUGUUUCUCCAGUACAUUAAGAUUGGACACAAUACGGUAUAGAUCCACACACACACACAUUGUGCAAUUACAAAUGCAGAUGGUUUAUUUCAGUUUGGAGGAUACUGACAAUUUUUCAACAUGCUAGGCCCUCCCUGAAGUUUUCUUUUUCAUUUUAGACUCAGUUUCAGCUGUGUCUUUUUGUGUUGCAAAAAUAAAUGAAGUCCAAAUAACCAUCGGUUACUGGAUUCAAUAAGAAUAACAUAAUGCUUUUGAAUCUAUUGAUAUAUUAAUUCCUUUUUUAAUACAUUAUUGUUAAUUCACUGUGUAAUUAACUGGUUAGCAAAGUGUGUAUACUGAUCUGGUUAUUCAUACUGGGAUACUUUUGUUUCUACCAUCAAUUUUUGAGGCUCAUGUGUCUUCUCUGUGCAGUUUCUUUCACAUCAAACAAAUUUUAAUAAAUUUGUGCUUUAUUCAUUA